AUGCCUCUCCUCGAGUCGCAAUCCGCUGCGGGCCUCUCGGCCUCGACGCCGGGACAGGACGGACUCCAUGCUCGCCGGAUCCUCUUCCUGGACGCCUACGACUCCUUCACCAACAACAUCGUGUCGCUGCUCAAGGAGGCGCUCGGCGACGACGUGUUGGUGCACGUGCUGCACAUGGACCUGAAGACGCUGCACGCGGACCCCGGCCCCGACUGGACGCCCGAGCAGUUCCUGGCCCGGCUGCCGGCCUUUGACGCCGUCGUCUGCGGGCCCGGCCCCGGGUCGCCGCUGUGCGAGGCCGACGUCGGGGCCUUCCGCCUGCUGUGGGGGCUGCGCGACGAGGCCGUCCCCGUGCUGGGCAUCUGCCUGGGCUUCCAGAGCCUGGUCGCGCACUUUGGCGGCGGCAUCCGGCGCCUGCGGAGGGGCCUGCACGGCAUGGUGAGGGACAUUGAGCACCGGUCGGGCGACAUCUUUGCGGGCGUGCCGGGGUUUCGGGCGACGCUGUACCACAGCCUGUGCGCCGACGUGGGACAGGACGACGUUCCACGGGAGGCCUGGGAGACGGACAUGUGGCGGCCGCCCAAGGGGGCGCCGGAUCUCGUGCCGCUGGCGUGGACGAUGGAGGAGAGCGAGGAUGCUGGCGCUGAGCCCGAGAGGAUAUUGAUGGGUGUGAGGCAUGCGAGGCUGCCGUUCUGGGGAGUUCAGUACCAUCCGGAGUCUGUAUGCACAGAUGCGGCGGCGCAGGGAGUGAUCAAGAAUUGGUUCAGCCAGGCUCUCAAGUGGAACGAAUCGACCGGAAGACGAGUACGACCUGUGGACUCUGAGCACAUCUCCGACAGCCUGGCGCCAUCGAUGAUUAUUGAGCGGAGACUCGCUGCCGAGAGCCAGCUUGCGACUCAGAAGUGGUGGCGGGAUAUGCAAUCUGGCCUGGCUGCGACCAACGCGGCGCCCGUCUAUACGUGCAGUCGAAUCAAGCUGCCCGAUGGCGUGGAUGCAGCAGACGUUGCGGAGCUUCUGGGCGUGGGCGGCGUCGACUCCAUCAUGCUGGAUUCGUCGAGCACAGUCAAUGGAGACCCGUUGGCACGCAGCUCGGUCAUUGCGCUCGAGGUCGACCAGGCGCUGCGCUUUGAAUAUCACGUUGGAGACGACUGGGUGACUCUGCGCCAGCCCGGGGCAAGAGGCCAGGAGGAGAGGUGCCAGAGGAUCGAAAUCGACCGCAGCGACGAGCACGGCGCUUACGACGUGUGGAAUGUCAUCUCCGAGUACUGGCAGCAGCGCAAGAUAGGCGAGGAGGACGGCCAGGAGCCGGCGUUCAAGGGCGGCUUCAUGGGCUUUGUCACUUACGAGAUGGGACUGAGCACUUUGACACCAAAGUCUGUCUCUGACAACAGGGGUCAUCACAGGCCGGAUCUGUGCUUUGCUUGGAUCUCGAAGAGUUUGGUUCUCGACCACCAGGCCGGGGUGGCAUAUGUGCAGGCUCUGACGGCCCCGGACUCGGACGCUCAGUCGUGGAUCGAUGAGAUUGUGGCAAAGCUACAGAGUUCGCGGGCGUGGCAGCAGCCAGGCUACGGAGCAGAAGAGUACAGAGCCGUCGCCGCGAAGAAGCAGGCCAACGAGGCGCUGCUGCAGAGCAUCCGGGAGCCAGGCGGCCGACUGCGUUUCAACACACCGCAGCCUGACAGAUAUGAGGAUGAUGUGCGCCAAUGUCAAGAUGCCAUUGCCGAGGGCCAGUCAUACGAACUGUGUCUUACGGCUCAAACAAAGAUGAUUCGACCUCGCGGAGACGAUGUACCGCAUCACCUACGGCCGUCACACGGCACCCCAUGGCAAAUCUACCGAACCCUCCGAGCCCGCCAGCCAGCCCCCUACGGCUCCUUCAUCCGCCUCGGCGGGGCCACGAUCCUGAGCAGCUCGCCGGAGCGGUUCCUUGGCCACGACGCAAAGGGCCUCUGCUCCAUGCGGCCCAUGAAGGGCACCGUCCGCAAGUCCGAGGCCGUCUCGACGCUCGCGCAGGCCGAAGCGUUGCUCCACGUGCCCAAGGAGGAGGCCGAGAACCUCAUGAUCGUCGACCUCGUCCGGCACGACCUGUACGGCGUCUGCGGAGCCCGCAGCGUCACCGUCCCGGACCUGCUCAAGGUGGAGGACUACUCGAGCGUCUUCCAGAUGAUCACCGUCGUCAACGGCCAGCUGCCCUCGUCCUCCCGCGCCGCGCCCAACGGGCUCGACGUGCUCGCCGCCGCCCUGCCCCCCGGCAGCAUGACGGGCGCGCCCAAGAAGCGCAGCUGCGAGAUCCUGCGCGCCCUCGAGCCCGAGGAGCGAAGCAUCUACUCGGGCGUCGUCGGCUUCCUCGACGCGCGCGGCCACGGCGGCUGGAGCGUCACCAUCAGGACCAUGUUCCGCUGGGACGACGAGGAGGCGCCGCCGGAAGGGUCCGAAGAUGCGCGGCCCAGGGAGGUCUGGCGGAUCGGGGCGGGCGGCGCCGUGACCAUAUUGAGCACGCCUGAGGGGGAGACGGAGGAGAUGUUUAUCAAGCUGUGCGGGCCUCUGGGCGUUUUCAAAGACGCGGCGUAA